AUGACGUCCGCCGUAGCCACUCUCACCCUAGGAUCUUCCGCCAUUAGCCCUUCCCUUCCCCCAAACUCGCACCAGACAGAUAUGCUGGUGUUCCCGGCCUCUUCCCAGGAGGGAGAGCGCGCCACCUCCGCCUCCGUGUCUCCGCCCUUAUUACCCGUCUCGGCAUCGACAUCUGGUCAAUCCGAGACUCUGAGUACGCGUCCUACAAGUCAGAAUAUGGAAAGCCAGGCUGCACCAUGUUCUGAAGGCCCUAUUUCCAACGCCGGGCUUUCUGCCCUAGCCUCUGCUGCGUCUGCCCCGACAUCAUAUCUCCGAGCCUAUGAUGCCACUGAGAAUGUGUGUAACAACCAUAACGCGACCCAGAGCAUGAACUACGCCACUUCUUCGCCAAGUGCUACCACCGGCGGUUCGGGAGCGGCUUCGAGUCCGCAAUAUCAGUCCGUUUGCCAGAACUGUGGCACCUCGAAAACGCCCCUGUGGAGAAGAGAUGGCAUGGGAGCCGUCCUCUGCAACGCUUGCGGUCUUUUCCUCAAACUCCACGGUCGCCCGCGCCCAUUGAACCUGAAAACAGACGUAAUCAAGAGCCGUAAUAGGGUCAAGACCUCGGGGCAAGGCUCCAAGCGGAAGCCAGCAGUUGACGUAAAUGGGACUCCUACCUCCAAAGCCGAUGCAAUGGCUGCCACCGGAGCAUACGGCUUUCCUAGAGCGCGAAAAACAUCACCUCGGUCUGACCGCUCGAAUUCUCCGCUAUCGCGUACCGAUACCCCCAACUUCGCUCACAACAAUAAUAUCGCCCCCCAAAACGUGUUCGAUGGUGUCGCUUUGUCGGAACAUGGUAUUAAUCCAUCCACCGCAGGAUUCUCAGCGUUACAACUACAACAGCCAUCCCCGGGAUCAAGCACGUCGUCCAACGAUCGGCAUCUAGAGAUGGCGCAAACAUACGAAGGCUUAGUCGCGGCGAAUACCUCGCUAAAAACUCGUGUCAGCGAGCUGGAAGUGAUCAAUGAGCUGUUUCGUGGGAGGGUAACACAAUUAGAACAAAGCGAAGAGGCCUCGAGGAGGUCAGAGCUGAACGUGCGGGACUCUGAACUGCAUUUGAGACGCUCUCUGGAAGAGGCUCAGAAGCGGGAGGAAGAGCUGAAACGCAAGAUAAGCGAGCUAGAACAAGAGUUGAAUGAAUACAAACAGAGCGACAACUGCGGGAACCCGGUAGAACCAGAAGCCAAAAAAGCGCGUCUUUCUGACAAUACCAUCGGACCGCCCGCCAACCCCACCAUCGAAGCUUCCUAG